AAAUCUUGCGUGCCUCGGGCGGUACACUCAUACCGACGUGGCGAGCCUCCUUCGAAACUCCGCGUCUUGGUGUCUCAAUUCAUUGCAAGGAACGUGCUUGUUCACCAUGUUCUACGCUGCGACUCAAAACCGCUCGUUCCUAAGUUUGAGCCGUCGAUGUCCUGUGGCCUUCCGGUCAAAGUUCAACCUUACUCGACCCUCAGGGCGACUGACCUGCAAAGCUUCACAUACAUCUUUGCUCUCGUCAUAUCAGCCAUUUCCUCGUCUGGCGCACCCACGUUUACACUCGUCUUUGUCGAUAAACGAAGAAACUUUGGACUCAAUUCAUGAGUCUGAAGAAGAAGGUUACGAUUUCGGGUCGUAUUCUGUCAUUUUACCACCAGAACCCUUCGUGUUCGGUGUGGGCCACAUCAGAGCACGAUCCGUGCCGAGUCAUAUAUCGCUGCCGCCCUAUGUGGCCUCUCUUCCAUUGCCUCAGCGACGCGCGGGUGUAGAUGAACGACCGUUUGAUGGGGAUCCCUAUACCGGAGAUGGACGAAUAGAAUUGGGGAGCGAAGCAGAAAGUCGUCUACGGACAGCGGCUAAGCUCGCGAAGAAAACGCUCGAGUUCGCUGGCUCGCUUGUGAAUGUUGGAGUCACUACUGAGGCUAUUGAUAAUUCCGUACAUGACUUUAUCGUGUCGAACGGUGCAUACCCGUCUCCUCUCCUGUACUCCGGCUUCCCCAAAGCCUGCUGCACGAGUGUCAAUAACGUUAUUGUUCAUGGGAUUCCAGACGACCGCCCGCUUGAAGAUGGCGAUAUUGUGAACAUCGAUAUCACCGUCUACCUGAAUGGCUAUCAUGGUGACACGUCGCGAACCUUCACAGUCGGAGAAGUCGAUGAGCAGGGACGGAGUCUUAUACGUGCUACAGAAGACGCACUCUCGGCCGGUAUCAGUGCUUGUGGCCCAGGUCGUCCAUUCAAAGCUAUUGGAAGUGCAAUUCACAGUGUGGUCGCCGAAAAGCCGUACUCUAUCUCGCUGGAAUGGACCGGCCAUGGAAUUGGCUCUGUUUUCCAUCGGCCCCCAUGGGUUCUUCAUCACAGGAACGACGAGCCCGGUAUUAUGCAGCCCGGACAUUGCUUUACGAUUGAACCGUGUCUGAUUCAAGGAUCGAAUCCGCGUGGUUGGAUAUUCCCAGAUGGCUGGACAGCUUCCACAGAGAACUGUGCACGGAGCGCGCAGAUGGAGCAUAUGGUCCUCAUCACAGAAGACGGCGCCGAUGUUCUUACUGGAUGAUGUCUCGAAUCACGCACAACGACUCACGAACCUUUUAGAAUGAAGAAGGUUUUUGGAUCGGGUGUGAAAGGAUAUAAUCUAUGGAUGAAACUCACGACAACAUGAAAUGCGUUAA